AUGGGAAAAAGUUGUAUUGUGAAAAGUUGUCCUAGUGGACGCAAACUAAAAACUACAAAAAACGAUUCGUCUCAGCGUCUGUCUUUUUCCAACCUUCUGUACACACCGGCAAGAUUAGACAAGUGGCAAAAGUGUUUGGGUAUUAAAUUAAAAGCCACUAAUAAUAUUUGCCAUCUUCAUUUUAAAGAAGAACAUAUAAAAUUGUACGACAAGUUUAUCAUUAAUGGAGAGGUCAAGAUUUUUCAAACAGUGAAAAAAAAGCUAAAACCUGAAGCAGGAAUUCCAGGUACAAUAUAA